CUCCAAAAACAAGAAUAAUACCUGAAAUUGCGAUCUGAACUCAUCUUCAAAGUAGCUUUCCCUCUACGUCUGUAGGCGAAGUUUUUCAAUCGUCUAGCACUCGAUCAUCGUCUGUGUGGCAGUGUUUGUGCGCGUUUAUGCUUUUGAUUAGUACUGCUACGAGUAUAUUAUCUUUUGCACAGUCUCUAUUUCUUUCUCCGGUUAAUGUCUUCUCCCGAUAGUCAAGACAUUUCCGCCUCAGGUGCCCACGCAUCUGAGGAAUCCCCGUCCACUUCUUCAUCGACCGGGUCAUCCUCACCAGCUCGUGGUCCCCGGUCGAUUCCCAACCCCAAUGUUCCAGACCCGCGGCCAGUAAAUCAGAUGCCCGGUCAGAUUUUUCAGGAGAGGGAUGCACCGGUGGAGGACGAACCGGCUCCCUAUGACCCUGAAAACGAGUCGUACGAGGAAUGGGAGGACCGGCUAGAAGCGGCCGGUUAUUCUCCUCUCCAUUCUAGUUACCCCUUAGACAUUCCUCCCCGGGUUUCUAAGAUUGCUCAGAAUAAAGCCCGUAGGAAUCUCCCGGCGGGAUACGUUCUUGAGUAUGAUCCCAACUGGCUCAAUAUCAUCGAGCCCCACCGGGUCGAUAGAGUAGGUUUCCACAUUGUUUCUCUGGAGAGUGGCACCGUCUUCCCCCUCCGUCCUCUCUUAGUGGAGUUAUGUCAUUGUUUCAAGAUCCUUCCCGGGCAGAUUACGCCCAAUGCACAUCGUUUCCUUAAUGCCUUCGUAAACAUUUGCGUUGAGCUCAAAAUCGACCCUUCUCUUCGUUUGUUCCUUUAUCUGUUCGAAGUCCUUCCCGGUAAGUCGGGUUGUGAUGGCUACGUUUACUUCAGAGGUCGCACCGGUCGUCAAUUUAUCUCCGACCUUCCACAAAGCAACCGGCAGUGGAAGGAGAGAUUUGUUUUCAUAAAAUUUCCCGACGUCUCCCCCCUGGCCGGGAUAAGGUGGAACGACCAUAUCCUGAAGUCACAGUAUACCGAGCCGGCCACAGCUCCUGACUUGGAGGAGAGUUUGGAGAAGCUUCUUCAGGGGGACCCCUUCACCGGGCAGAUGUUCCACUACGGGGCCUGGAUCUGGAGGAUCCAACCGGGUGGCAGGGGUACCCCUCAGGCCCAUGAGGCAGCAGGGCACGGGGUACCCUCCCCGGGCAACACUGCUGAGGCCGGGGGCCCAAGCCACCCAGACAUGAACUUCAGGGCCUAUAACAUGCCGAAGACCACCAGUGGCUCUUCCUCUGCUGCCACCAACACCGGACUGGGCCAACCUGAAAUUGUCGAGAUCCAUGACGAGGAGGAAACUCCCCAGACCGGGGGGGCCGAUCAGUCAGGGAAAGCACCGGUGAACCCUUCUCCCAACAAGGGGAAGGGAAAGAAGCGGGUGAAGCAUGUGGCCACCGCCCAUCCAUCCUCCAAGAAGAGAAGGGGAGAGCAUUCCCCGGUUAAAGAAUCAAUGGAGGAGCUGUGGGUCAAGGUGACCCUUAAGCUAAGAGAGAUGGGCGAGGUCACCCCGGAGACCUUGGAAAAUCUUGCAUUGGACUCUUCCUCCCGGUCACUUCAGCUGGAGGAGAAGCUGAAGAGGGUUGAAACCCACAACCGGGAGCUUCAGGAUCUGAUAGCCCGGCAACUUGACGAGGUGUCCCACUUUUCGGCGAUUGCCGAGGGGGCCAAGGCAGAGACCCUCCGGCUGAAGGAGGAAAACUUGAAGUUGAUGGAGGACCUGGAGCUGAAGGAGCGAGAGUUCCCCGGCAGAGCCAAGCAGUGGGUGGGGGAGAACUUAGAGGAACGGCCCGGGUGAUCACUUCUACUCCGGAAAUGACGAUGGAAGCCUUCAAGUUCAUCUACCGGGAGGAGCAGGGGAAAGAGAUGAUCACGCAGAUCGGCUCCUACGGUUUCAUGUCCGGGCAGAAAAGAGACCGGGAGGCUACACAUGCGGUCCUGUCUGAACGCGACCCGGCCUUUUCUGCUGAAGCCUAUGGCCUUGCCCCCAUCCCGGAUGAUGAGCCUGCACCCCCCUUUCCCUUGCAAUGAAUUCUCCCCGGCUGCGCCCGGUCAUCUUUUGUAAACUUAGAAACUUGAAAUUUCCCCUGGAAUGCCCGGUGUAUUUGUAAACAAUUAACUUUCUUGUUCUGU